GCACUCUCGCCUCGUGUCGAGUCAGUGCGUAAUUGUAGUUCGUUUAAUUUUCUUUAUUUUGGGUGGAACUACACUAUUAAGGACUCAAAAUGAGUUUGUAUAACUUCAAGAAAAUUAUGGUGGUGCCUCCGGCAAAGGCAUUCAUCGAUAUUAUGCUUUCGAAAACACAAAGAAAGACUCCCACUGUUGUCCACAAGCAUUAUAAAAUAAGCCGGAUCAGAGCUUUCUACAUGCGGAAAGUAAAGUACACUCAACAAAACUUUCAUGAUCGGUUGUCCCAGAUAAUCCAGGACUUUCCUAAACUGGAUGAUGUCCAUCCCUUUUACGCUGAUUUGAUGAAUGUUUUGUACGACAAAGAUCAUUACAAGCUUGCUUUGGGACAGUUGAAUACUGCCAGACAUUUGAUUGAUACUGUGGCAAAAGAUUACGUUCGGUUACUGAAGUUUGGAGAUUCCUUGUACCGUUGCAAGCAACUGAAGAAGGCCGCCCUCGGUCGGAUGGCUACUAUAAUGAAACGACAGGCUUCUAAUUUGACAUACCUGGAACAGGUCCGUCAGCAUUUGUCUCGUUUGCCAUCUAUUGAUCCGUACACUCGUACCAUCAUUAUUUGCGGUUUUCCUAAUGUAGGUAAAUCCAGUUUCAUCAACAAAAUCACACGAGCUGAUGUGGAAGUGCAGCCGUACGCUUUUACAACCAAAAGUUUGUACGUCGGCCACACUGAUUAUAAAUAUUUGAGAUGGCAGGUAAUUGACACGCCUGGAAUUUUGGACCAUCCGUUAGAGGAGCGUAACGUAAUUGAAAUGCAGGCAAUCACAGCCAUGGCUCACUUGAGGGCUUGCAUAUUAUACUUCAUGGAUGUGUCCGAGCAGUGCGGACACUCGAUUCAGGAACAAGCAAAUUUGUUUGAAAGUAUCAAACCAUUAUUCGUGAAUAAGCCAUUGAUACUGGUUUUGAACAAAACUGAUAUUUUAACGUUGGAUGAGUUGGAUGCUGACAAGAAGAAAGUCAUCGAGGACCUGGCAGAUGAUGCUGAAGAAAUUCCUAUUAUGCAAAUGUCAACUGUUGCAGAAAAAGGUGUGAUGGAAGUAAAAACGGAAGCUUGUGAACGUUUGUUAGGCUACCGGGUAGAUCAGAAAUUGAAGGCUAAAAAGAUCGAGGGUGUUCUGAAUCGUCUGCACGUUGCAAUGCCGGAAAAACGAGAUAACAAAGAACGCCCUCCUUGCAUACCGGCCGCAGUGCUGGCUGCUCGUGCAGCGAACGCAGAGAAGAUCGCUCGUCGCCAACGAAAACUGGAAAAGGAAAUUGAACAGGAAAUGGGUGACGAAUACACACUUGAUCUUAAGAAGAACUACACGGACAUUGCUGAAGAUGAGCGGUACGAUGUCAUUCCGGAGUUCCUCAAUGGGGUGAAUAUCGCCGACUAUAUCGAUCCGGAUAUAUUCGAAAAACUAGAAGAGCUUGAGCGCGAUGAAGGUCUUCGAUUGGAAUCAGGAUUCUACGAUCCGCCGCCGCUGAAUCUAGACGAGACGUUACUGGAGAUUCGCGAAAUGGCUCGGCAGAUUCGUCUCAAACGUUUUCUGCUUAAAGAUUCACGUAAAAUGCAACAAAAGAGCGGCCGUCCAGUUAUGCCUCGUCAUAAGCAAGCCCUGGUACGCGACCGUAAAGUGGACAAUCUACGUAAAACUAUGGAAAAUCUUGGAGUGGAUAUGACAGAUACUGAUGGUGCCAACUUUACCAAGAACCAGAUUGAUAUACGUCGAAGUCUGGUGCCUGCGAUUGGUGGACCUAAAACACCCAAAAAGGAUCGUGAAUCGCUGGCCAUUGUGAAAGCCACCGGGCAGCCGAUCAAGCGGAAAACUCCAGGUCACGAGUUAGGAAUCAAGAGUGUAGUGCUCAAAAAGAAGGCCAAGGUGAUGGCAAAGCACGACAUUGCAAAGAAGGUGACGAAGUGGGCCCGCAAAGGAGAAGCAGAUCGACACAUACCGGACCUCAUGCCAAAGCAUUUGUUUGCUGGCAAACGAGGAACGGGAAAAACAGAUCGUCGAUAGGUGGAUCACAGUUUCCGUUAAAAUUCUAUAUACAAAUCUAUUAUAAUAAAAACAAGUAUAAAGAAAAAAACAAA